AUGGACACUCUCGCCACGGAUCCAAGUUUCAUUGAUUCGGAUGUAUACCUCAGAUUAGGGCUUAUUGUAGAGGGCAAACGAUUGAAAAAGUUUCCCACAGUUCUGUCUCGUCUCGCUUCUUCUCUGGAGAGAUCUGUGUUGACUGAUGAUGAUGAAUUGAUUGAGUCUCUAGAGAUGGAAGACUCUGUGACGGUGUUUGAUGGAAGAUCUCCUCCAGAGAUCAGCAUUGGACACUACUUGGAUCGCAUCUUCAAGUAUUCUGGCUGCAGCCCUUCUUGCUUUGUCAUUGCACAUAUCUACAUUCAUCAGUUUCUACAGAGGACCCGAGCUCAUCUCAAACCGCUUAAUGUUCACCGUCUUAUCAUAACGAGUGUCAUGUUAGCCGCUAAAGUCUUCGACGACAGGUAUUUCAACAAUGCAUACUACGCGAGAGUUGGAGGUGUGAGCACGAGAGAGUUGAACAGAUUGGAGAUGAAGUUGUUGUUCACCCUUGACUUCAAGCUUCAGGUAGAUCCUCAGACGUUUCACACACACUGUUGCGAGUUAGAGAAACAGAACAGCGACGGGUUCCAGAUCGAGUGGCCAAUAAAAGAAGCAUGCCGAACCAACAAAGAGACUUGGCGGAAGAGGACACCAGAGUCAGUCUGCUCUCAAACGACAGCACGCUGA